UGAUGAUUAUACGACGAGAACCUUUUGUGUUGGGGCGUCUUGUUGUUGUGACCGCUCAGACCGGACCCUAUCCACCUCCACCACCACUAUCACUAUGUGAGCGUUUCUGUUUGCGUCUCAGUUCAAUUCCGAUAAUGGCAUCGUCACUGUCCUCCAUCAUCAACCAACCUCACACUGCUCUCAAGCUUCACCCUCCAUCUUGUUUCACCACCACUCUCAGAAUCUUCUACCACCAACACAAAUUCAAACACAGCACUUCUUCUCUUCCACGCACAUAUGGCUAUCGCGCCUCCACUUCACCGCCGCGCCCUCUCAAUCUCAUCACCGCCUCCACAACCUUCCCUCGUUCCACCAAAUUCGAGGGCCCCACUCUCCGCCGCUGCUUCAUCGCUCAAGCCACUCUCGCCGCUACCCAACAACCCCAACAAGACCUUGUACUGGAUACUGAAGUUCCGUCAACCGGUCGUGUAUAUCAUGAGACUUAUGGAUGUCAAAUGAAUGUUAAUGACAUGGAGAUUGUCCUGUCUAUAAUGAAAAACGCUGGCUAUAAUGAAGUUGUGAGUGCUCCUGAGAGUGCAGAAAUAAUAUUUAUCAACACUUGUGCCAUCAGAGAGAAUGCGGAACUUAAAGUAUGGCAGAGGCUUAAUUACUUUUGGUUUCUUAAGAGGAAUUGGAAGGCCAAUGUUGCUUCGGGAAGGGCUCAGUCCCUGCACCCUCCGAAAGUAGUUGUCUUGGGCUGUAUGGCUGAGAGGCUAAAGGAGAAGAUACUUGAUGCCGACAAAAUGGUUGACGUCGUCUGCGGACCUGAUGCAUAUAGGGAUUUGCCGCGAUUACUGGAAGAGGUUGACGACGGCCAGAAAGGAAUCAACACUCUUCUUUCACUUGAGGAGACUUAUGCUGAUAUUAAUCCAGUUCGAAUCUCCAAGAACUCGGUUUCCGCUUUUGUCUCCGUGAUGAGGGGUUGCAACAAUAUGUGCUCAUUUUGUAUUGUACCUUUCACUAGAGGCAGAGAGCGGUCACGUCCUGUGGAAUCCAUUGUGAGAGAGGUGGCAGAGCUGUGGAAAGAGGGUGUGAAAGAAGUAACACUUCUUGGCCAGAACGUGAACAGCUAUAAUGAUACAUCUGGUUUUGAAAAAGAGGUUGAAUCAGGAUCCAAUUGGAAACUUAGUGAUGGAUUUUCCAGCAUAUCCAAGGUCAAGAAAAUGGGCUUAAGGUUUUCUGAUCUAUUGGAUCGACUCUCCUCAGAGUUUCCUGAGAUGCGAUUCAGAUUCACCUCCCCACACCCUAAAGAUUUUCCAGACGAAUUGCUCUAUCUUAUGCGAGAAAGACAUAAUAUAUGCAAAGUUAUACAUUUACCUGCACAAACAGGUAGUAGCACUGUGCUUGAGAGAAUGAGACGAGGAUACACUCGAGAGGCUUACUUGGAUCUUGUGCACAAAAUUCGAAGUGUUAUUCCAGAUGUGGGCUUAAGCAGUGAUUUUAUAUGUGGUUUUUGUGGAGAAACAGAGGAGGACCACUCUGACACGUUAACUCUCGUGAAAGCUGUUGGUUAUGAUAUGGCAUACAUGUUUGCUUAUAGCAUGAGGGAGAAAACACACGCUCACAGAAAUUAUGCUGAUGAUGUUCCCGAGGAAGUAAAGCAAAGGAGGCUAACUGAACUCAUCGAGACUUUCCGCGAGAGCACAGGAAAGUGCUAUGACUCUCAGGUUGGAACUACACAGCUUGUGUUAGUUGAAGGACCCAAUAAGAGAGCUCCGGACACCGAGCUUAUGGGCAAAAGUGACAAGGGCCAUCGGGUGCUAUUUGCCAAUGUGCCGAUCCCAGACAGGGACGAUGUUAAUACAAUGAGAAAUCCUGUUGUUGGUGAUUUCGUUGAAGUCCGCAUAAUGAGAUCUACUAGGGCAUCACUCUUCGGUGAAUCACUUGCUAUAACUAAACUGAGUUCAUUCUACAAUGAUCUAGAUAAAGAAGCUGUUGCAUGCAACAUAUAAAACCUUGCAGCAUAAACAGAAACAGCUUGGCAUGCCAAUUUUUGGACGAAGUCAUGUAGAUUGGUUUUUCCCUUGCUUCGUUUACUGCACAUCACAUUUCAUUUCAUGCAAGGGAGUGAGAUUGUGCAUUUACCCGCUACAUGUCAGCUAGUUCAAAAUUGCUUCCUCUGUUAAUCUUCUCUUAACAUGAAAUGGACCCAAGUCUGCAUUAAAUUCUACACUGAGAAUCUGAUUGGCAACCUGCAAUACAACACAGAAACAAAUAGAGCAAGGGAUUGCUGAGAUUUUUGUAUUUUAACAUUGGUUUGAUAAGUGAGCUUUUGAUGAAGCACACGGAAGAAUGUAGCCUUUGGCCCAUCAUAUUUCUUGUUUCAACUGAACAUCACAGGUCUAACGAAGUCUAUUGUCACCAUUCAUCAAAUUUCGUUGUAGAUGAAACUCAUCUAAAAUAAGCAUGGCUCUAGAUGAACA